AUGAGUGACUUUAUUUUUAAUUUUUUAGGUAAACGGCACAAUAGCCACGAAGUAAUGAUAAAUGCACAAAAAAUUGUAUUUUCAAAAUUUAUGAAGCAAGAAGAUCGUCGAAUGGUGGAAUUUAGACAUAUCCAAUUAAACCCGCGUCAAGAAAGAAAAUGGCAACAUCAAUUAGAAAUUAGAUCGAAAAAGAAGAAAGAUUUAAUUCCAGAAUUUACUCAUCAGAAGAAAGUAAAAUUAUUACAUACAAGUCCACAAUAUUUAAAUGAAUUUGCCGAAAAAGCUGAAUUGCUUGGAAUUAAUCGACAACAAUUUGAAGAAGAAUUUUAUAAAGUUCCAGCUUCUCAACUUCCAAUGGGAUUAACACCUGCAUUUUCUGUUGAUUUUAUAAACUAUAUGACAUAUCGAGAUAAUGUUGUUUUGAGUGAAGAAGAAAAGUGUAUUCCAAAAUUACAACAUCAAAAAGAACAACUUUUAGAAAAUCAAACACAAUUAGAAAUAAAUAUUCAAAAAGCAAAAGAAAGACAUAAUGAAUUAUGUGAAAGAAUUACCUCAAAACACAAUUUAUUUGAAAAAUUAAAAUCUGUUCUGCAUUCUAUUUCGCCUUCAUUAAUUAAGGAAGAAACAAUUAAUAGAAGUCAAUCUUUAUUGAAUCCAGAUAAUUGGAAUAAAGCAGUGAACAGUAUUUCAAGACUGGGUGCAGAUUCAACAAAUAUGUAA